CAAGAGUUCAAAGCACUAAUCUUCAAGUUCAUGGUUAAUGGCAGCCUUGAGAGGUGGUCGCACCCUGAGCAACACAACGGGAUCCCAAGACUUUGGCCUGAGGAUAUGUAUAGCAACAGAUGUGGCUUCUGCUCUUGAUUAUGUCCACAACCAAUUGACGCCCCAGUUGAUCCAUUGCGAUUUGAAGCCAAACAAUAUCCUUUUGGACGAUGACAUGACUGCACGGCUCGGAGACUUUGGCUCAGCAAAAUUUCUGUUGCCUGGUCUACUUACCCGCAAAAGCCUGGUUGAUAUCGGAGGAACGAUUGGACACAUUGCACCUGAGUACGGGAUAGGCUGUAAGCUCUCCGUCGGAGGUGACGUGUAUAGUUUUGGAGUGCUCCUACUGGAGUUGCUUACGGGGAAACGACCAACUGAUGAUAUGUUCGUUGAUGGACUUAGCCUUCACAUGUUCUCUGAAUCCAUGUUCCCAGACAGAGUUGCAGAGAUUCUAGACCCUCAUAUGGCGCAUGAGGAGCACCAAUGGUGUACAGAAGUAUGGAUGCAGAGAUAUAUUAUACCGUUGGUUGCUCUUGGGCUGUCAUGUAGCAUGGACUCUCCAAAGGACAGGCCUGGAAUGCAGUAUGUUUGUGCAAAACUGUCUGCUAUCAGAGAUGCUUUUCUAGAACCUCUUGAUGAUUGACGGAUAUUUCGUCAGUGUUAUUGAUUCACUAUUGGGAAGAAGGUAAUUAUGUAACUGCUCAAGUGCAUCUCGUAGCCUGUCUAUUUGACAAACUGAAAGAAAUAGACUGAGGACAGAGAUGCGGAUUACAUUGAAUAUUAAUUGGCUGCUUGAAGUA